AUGACGACGGUGCGCCAUAAUCGCCAUGGUUCCCAUAGACAUUAUUAUUUCGGUCAGCUGGCGGGCCAGCGCUGGCGCUCCAAGUUCGGCCGGCCGAGCAAGCUGCCGCGCCUGGGCGACGUGGACCCCACGGGCUCCUACUGCCCCGUGCCGCAGGACUGGCUGCAGAAGAAGUUCGGUACGCGCAUCUUUGGCCCACUGCUCGGGGGUCUUGCAUGGGGGCUCGUGGUGGUGGUGGUGGUGGUCUGGAAAUUAGAAUCUCGAAUGAAAGCAUCCCCGGGAACAAAAAUAUGUUAUGCAUAUUUCUCCCUAGUCCCUCAUGAUUGCCCACCCCUCAAAGCUGCUGCUUGUUUAGCUCGUAGUGCUUUAGUUAACUACGUUUCACAUAGUGUAAUAGGUGAAGGACUUCGAUUACAGAAUUACGUUGAAAAUAAAUGCAUUCCUAUAGAACAUGUUCCUUCUGUUUCAUAUUUUUUGGUGAAACGUCGAGUGUUGUAUCGUCAGUGGACAGCCGCUUCAACUCUUCAGCGCGUGAAAAGGCGAGGAGAGUUGCAAGCCAACGCGUAG